GACUGGCUUCAAGCUGGGUUCUGGCUUGUGACCUUAGAUAAGACACAUGUCUCCUCACACAUUCAUUCAGUUAUCCAUCCACACAUCCAUCCGUUCAUUCCUUUAACACGUAUUUGCAAAGCAUCUGCCAUGUACCAGGCAUCACACUAGAUGCCAGGGACAUAGCAGUGAACAAGUCAGACAUAAUGCCUGGCCCUCUGGAAUUUACUGUCUGGUAGGAGACAGAGAACUUGAACAAGUCAUUCCAAGUAGGGCAGGCAUUUAGAAAUGGGGAGUGCAACAGAGGCACCUCAUGUGUGCCAACACUGUGCCAAGUGAAAAAUACAGACCCAGCCCCUGCCUUCAGGAAUCUCCCAGUCCUGAGAGGUGAUACGGAAUCAGCAAGGCAAUACCAGGUACGAGGCAUAUCCAGACUUCUCCGUCCCAGGCCAGUAGUGGAGAGCAGACCCGUUACCCCUGCUAGUAGAGGAUGCUUUGCAGGGGUCCCUCCAGGAUACAGGACUAGAAACCAGGGGCCACUGGUUCCAGAAGAUUCAGAUAUCCCGAGGCCCUCAGGACUUCUUUAACAAGUGGACAAAAGGAAGCUGAUGCUUCUGAGAACUUUUUAACCUGAUGCCAGCUGCUUCCCUGGACGACAGCUGAGGCUUUCCAGGAAAGUUCAAGGCCCUGUCCCACUAUUCAAGCCAUCUGAUCCUAGGGAAAGCCACACGUGUGUAUCAGGAAGUGGAGGCAGCUAGAAUGGUGUGUUUAAGGGGCCUCUUAUCAUACACAGGCAGGCGCGGAAAGCACAUGCCCUCUGCCUUUGCCUGAGAGCUUUACAUAAGGGGACCACAGGCUGAUCUGGACCCUACUGUGAUCAUUUGCCCCUGACUGACCUUGAGCAGGUUUAUCUAUACAUUGAUGUGGGUACAACAGAACAUAAUGGAAAUAGUUGAGUGAAGAAAAAUAGAAACGAGGGCCACAGACAAGAGCUAGAGGAGAUGUAAACACAUCAGAAUUAAUAAUUUUGUCCCUUGCUUCCUUUUCUUUUUUUUUCUUGUUUUCUAUCAAUUAUUCAGCUCAAUAUAUUUAACAGAUAUUUUGAGAGUAAUUCACUUUUGAGCAUCAACCACUUUUAUAGGUAUCAUGGAAAUUAAGCAAAUAAUCAAAACAGAGCCAUUGCUGGUAGAAAGUUUAAAAGGAGGAUAAAUAAUAACUAAGGGAAAUGUGAAAAAUGGUGACAAGCACUGUGGAGGUAGGAAAAAAAAAAAAACAAGAAAAGGUGGCUAGAGCAAGGGGGGCUGCUAUUUUACAAAAGAUGAUCAGGAUAAGUCUUUCUGAAAAGCAGAGGGUAAGGGAAGUGAAGGAGUGAUCCAGGGGAAUAUUUGAAGAAGAGCAUUACAGGCAGUUGGAGUAACAAGUGCAAAGGGCCUGGGGCAGGAUCUUGUGUCUUUCCACCAAGGAUGACUGCUACUCAGACAGCCAUAAGUUUGAGGCAUUACUCACUGGAGGGGGGCCUAGAGCGUGCAUAUUUUGUCUGUUUCUUUACUCAAUAAUUGCUUAGUAGGUGCUAGUUAGAAAUGCAGAGACAGAAUCCCUGUCCACAAAGAUCUUCAGAGGGAGACAGAUAAAUUGCCAGGUGAGUGUAAUUCAAGUCAGCUCUGGGAGGCUUAGGAGCAGAGAGGAGGAACACCAGCCCACCUGUGGACUUAGGAAAUGCUUCCUGGAAGAGGUGACAAGGAGGAGAAGCACAGAGUGAUUCAGACCAUAGGAACAACAUGUAGAAAGGCUCGGAGAUGGGGAAGAGGUCAGAUGAGCCUAGAUUGGCUGAAGUAGAGAAUGUGUUGUGCAGAAGUUGUAGGUGAGGUUGCAAUUGCGAACAGGGGUCAGACCCCAGGGAGUCUGGAGUCCUGGGAAUGUGGGAUAAUGCUGAGAGAUGGUUCUGUGGCUUCAGCUGCAGUGGAGAAAACACAAACGGGGUAAGAAUGAAACAGGGAGACCCAUUAAAGUCACCUGCCUCCUGGUGGCCUGACUUCAGAUCCUCUGCACCCUCUUCUCAGGUCCAUGCCUUCCAAUCCUCAGGGUAGCCCACAUAUCAAAGGGCAUUGGAGGAAGGGCUCUUCUGAAACUUAACUUUGUCCAGCAGCUCUCUGUCCUUUGCCAUUUUAUGACCAGCAACCAAUCAGACCUUCCUAAAGUCCCUAACGUUAGCAUAUCUGAAGAUGGGUGGAUUCUAGGGGUCAAGAAUAGAGAUCACCCCUAUCCCCUUCCUUAUUUAUUUCCUUUCUCCAACUUGCCCCCAGACAGAAGCAGAAGUGUUCUGAGGUGAUUAGCUAAGAACACGAGGUAGAUAGAAAAUCCAUUGUGCAAACAAGUACUUGUUUGACUUCUCUCCACUUCCCUUUGGGUAUUAAGCUUCCUUUUGAUUAAUAUUUGGCUUCUGCCAACAAACAUGGCACCAGCUUCAUUGGUUUAUUAUGAGGAUUAAUUGUGGGAAGUCACGGUGGCAGGGCAUUCAGCGGAGCCCAGCGUGUUUAGCAUCCGGCACACAUGGCUAUUGUUUAUAGGGAAGUAUCCGCGAGAUGGUUGGAAGAGUAUGGUGUCAGGGGAGGGCCUUCCUUUCACCAUCCUUUGCGUAAAUUGCUUAUCUCACCAAUACCCAGUGUGUGCUUGGAACUUUAGCACCAAUUGUGAAGAGCCACAUGGGCAGCAAAUAGCAAUAAAAAGACAGCCUGCUGUGUUCCCAUGGUUGGCCAGAGGAGGAGGAAUGCUGUGUGGUCUCACCCCCAGCUGCAUGGGGACACCGUAGAGUGACCUGCUGGCCUCACCUGUGGAAAAGAUGACGGGCUCUGACCUCCUGUGGCUGGCCUUGGCCUCCUGCAUUCUGACCCUGGCAUCGGCGCUGCAGCAAGGUUACAGAAACCCCGCCGAGGCCGGUUUCUAUGGAAUGGACUUGUACUGUGACAAUUCUAGCACCUGUUUUGACCCCUGCCAGAAUUACACCGUCUUAGAUGAACCCUUCCGAAGCACAGAGAACACCGAAAACUCCCGGGGGUGUGACAGGGGCCUGAGCGGCUGGUACCGCUUUGUGGGUGAGGGAGGAGUGAGGAUGCCGGAGACCUGUGUCCCAGUGUACCGAUGCCAGGCGGAUGCUCCCAUGUGGCUGAACGGGACUCACCCUGGGCUUGGGGAUGGCAUCAUCAACCGCACCUCCUGUGCCCAUUGGAGUGACAACUGCUGUUUAUGGAAGACGAAGGUGCUGGUGAAGGCCUGCCCAGGCGGGUACUACGUGUACCGGUUGGAGGGCACCCCCGAAUGUAGGCUGAGAUACUGCACAGAGCCUUCCCCUGUGGAGGACAAGUGCGACAAGGUCUGUCGCCCCACAGAGGAGUGCCGCCGCACUCUCAAUGGCACCUGGGACUGUUUCUGCAAACAGAACCUCAACAGCUCUGAUAUCCACAGUUUGAAACCUCAGCUGGACUGUGGGGACAGGGAGAUGCAGGUGAAUCUGGACAAGUGUUUGCUGGGAGGCCUGGGUUUUGGGGAGGAAGUCAUUGCCUACUUGAGAGACCGAAACUGCAGCAGCAUCAUGCAGACAGAAGAGAAGAGCUGGGUGUCUGUGACCAGCCCUGUCCAGGCUAGUGCCUGUGGGAACAUUGUGGAGAGAAAUCAAACCCAUGCCAUCUACAAAAACACUGUCUCCUUGGUCGAUGAUUUCAUCAUCAGAGAUACCAUCCUCAACGUCAACUUUCAAUGUGCCUACCCGCUGGACAUGAAAGUCAGUCUCCAAACUGCCCUGAAGCCCAUUGUAAGUUCCCUGAACAUCAGUGUGGAUGGGAACGGAGAGUUCACUGUCCGGAUGGCCCUCUUCCAAGACCAGAACUUCACGAAUCCUUACGAAGAGCCCAUGGCUGUGCUGUCAGUGGACACCAUGCUCUACGUGGGUGCCAUCUUGGAGAGAGGGGACACCUCCCGGUUCAACCUGCUACUGAGGAACUGCUAUGCCACCCCCACUGAAGACAAGGCUGACCCUGUGAAGUAUUUUAUUAUCAGAAACAGCUGCCCAAAUCAGCGUGAUUCCACUAUCCAUAUGGAGUUGAAUGGGAGGUCCUCGGAAAGCCGGUUCUCGGUUCAGAUGUUCAUGUUUGCUGGACAUUACGACCUAGUUUUCCUGCAUUGUGAGAUACAUCUCUGUGACCCCCUUGAUGAACAGUGCCCUCCUUCUUGCUCAAGAAAUCAAGUCCGCAGUGAAGUACAGGGCAUUGACCUUGCCCAAGUUCUAGAUUUGGGACCCAUCACUCGAAAAGAUGCCCAGGCUUCUGGUAUCAUGAGUGGAACCCCCAGCACCACAGGGUUCCUGGUGGCCUGGCCCAUGCUGCUCCUGACUGUCCUCCUAGCUUGGCUGCUCUGAAGGCUCAGCUGGGCGUCUGGCUUAGAUGUUUGUGCCCUUCCCUCUGGCAGUGGCUCCCAUUCACCCUUCAACACUGCUGGAACCCUCUCCAAUUCAUGCAGUCUUGGUACUAACAGACUCAAGGCUGGGCUAGGUUUAGGGGAAAGGAAGAGCUUUCACCUUCUUUACCACUCUCAGUGCCUUUGUAAUCUCCUUUUCCUCAUAACAGAGCCUGUGUCAGUGCCCUGAGGUGGCUUUCUCAUUUGUUGAUGGAACCUCCAAAGCAAACUUGCUAGGUGCCUCUGUGGCUUCUUUACUGGAAAUGUAGCUCAAGAUUAUAACGCCUGGGAAGAGGAGUCUAUCCUGUGACCAGGGGAGGGGCGAACACAGAAAAGGGGCCCCUCCCAUGACUCCUUCCCAAGCAUCUCCUGUUCUGACUACUGAUGAAUUGAACAGACUGACCCUUGCGUUCACUCUG